UCAUGCUUAUAUUAUUUAUCUCGAAAAGAGUUUUAGUCGGAUUAUUAAGAUCCUUUUUUUUAUAGGCACGUAAUUUAUGGGUAUAGAUAUUUGUCAAAGUCCAUUCAAAAGAAAAACAGAGCGAAACUAAUCAAAGAGAAAGUAGUUUUGAAUUUAAUUAAAGAAAAUUCAGAAUGGGAAAACAUUUCGGUGAAUUGGGUUUCAUUAGGGGAAUUGUUUAUUAUAAAAUGUCUCCACAUGAACAAAAAGCCUAUGCUGGUGCAAUUACAAAAGGAAUCCCCAAUUUUGUGACAAGAAUGCUAGCAACAAUUGCGUACUGGUUACCACCUGCAAUAAUCGGAACAUGUAUCUACAAAUAUGUCGAAGAAGCGCAUCAUGCAUCUUUGAGAAAAGACCCAAGGGACUUUAUGGAUGAAGUUGAUCCUAACAUUUAAUGUUUUAUUAAUUGUAAAUUAUUUUGAUCCAAUACAU